UGACGGAGGGGACUGCGCGCGCAGCCUGAGGCCUGACUUCUUGCCUCGCAGCCGUUUGCCCGUCGCCUCAGCUCCGUUUUAGCCCUCUCUCGCCGCCAAGAUGCCGCGGAUUAUGAUCAAAGGGGGCGUGUGGCGCAACACCGAGGAUGAAAUCCUUAAAGCAGCUGUAAUGAAAUAUGGCAAAAAUCAAUGGUCUCGUAUUGCCUCGUUGCUGCACAGAAAAUCUGCAAAGCAAUGCAAAGCCAGAUGGUAUGAGUGGCUAGACCCAAGUAUCAAGAAGACAGAAUGGUCACGAGAAGAAGAGGAGAAGUUGUUGCAUUUGGCCAAACUUAUGCCAACGCAGUGGAGGACUAUUGCACCAAUUAUUGGGAGAACAGCUGCACAGUGUUUGGAACACUAUGAAUUUCUACUGGAUAAAGCUGCACAGAGAGAUAAUGAGGAAGAAACUGCAGAUGAUCCACGAAAACUUAAACCUGGAGAAAUUGACCCAAAUCCAGAAACCAAGCCAGCUAGGCCAGAUCCCAUUGAUAUGGAUGAAGAUGAACUCGAGAUGCUUUCUGAAGCAAGAGCUCGGUUGGCUAAUACCCAGGGAAAGAAAGCCAAAAGGAAAGCAAGAGAGAAACAGCUGGAAGAAGCAAGGCGGCUUGCUGCUCUUCAGAAGAGAAGGGAACUUCGAGCAGCAGGGAUUGAGAUACAGAAAAAAAGGAAAAAGAAACGAGGAGUAGAUUACAAUGCUGAAAUCCCAUUUGAAAAGAAGCCUGCCCCUGGUUUUUAUGACACAUCAGAAGAAAACUACCAGAUAUUAGAUGCAGAUUUUAAGAAGCUACGGCAACAGGACUUAGAUGGAGAACUGAGAUCGGAAAAAGAAGGUAGAGAGCGAAAGAAAGAUAAGCAACAGUUGAAACGGAAAAAGGAAUCUGACUUACCAUCAGCAAUUCUUCAGACCAGUGGUGUAUCAGAGUUCACUAAAAAAAGAAGUAAACUGGUGCUUCCAGCGCCUCAGAUUUCAGACACAGAACUUGAAGAAGUCGUAAAAGUUGGCCAAGCCAGUGAGAUUGCACGUCAAACAGCUGAGGAAUCUGGGAUCACAAAUUCUGCUUCCAGCACACUGUUGUCAGAAUACAAUGUUACCAACAACAGCAUUGCCCUUCGAACACCCAAAACCCCAGCAGCGCAAGACAGGAUCCUUCAGGAAGCUCAGAACUUGAUGGCACUAACAAAUGUUGACACUCCCUUGAAAGGCGGCCUUAAUACACCCCUUCAUGAGAGUGACUUCUCUGGGAUAACACCUCAGAGACAAGUGGUUCAGACUCCAAAUACUGUACUUUCCACACCCUUCAGGACACCUGUUCAUGGAGCUGAAGGCCUGACGCCUCAUUCUGGAAUGACUCCAAAGCCAGUGGUGGGAGUGACUCCAGGCAGAACUCCACUACGGGAUAAACUGAAUAUUAAUCCUGAAGAGGGAAUGGUAGAUUAUAGUGAUCCAUCAUAUACAAAACAUUUGGAACGAGAGUCCCGUGAAAAUUUGCGCUUAGGGCUUAUGGGCCUUCCAUCUCCAAAGAAUGACUUUGAAAUAGUUCUACCAGAAAAUGCUGAAAAGGAUCUUGAGGAUCGUAACAUAGAUGAUACACAUAUAGAAGAUGCGGCUGAUGUAGAUGCUCGCAAACAGACCAUUCGAGAACUUGAGCGUGUAAAGGCACUGAAGCGGAUGCACAAAGCAAUUCAAAAAGAUCUUCCAAGACCUUCAGAAGUAAAUGAAACCAUAUUAAGACCUUUAAAUGUAGAGCCGCCACUGACGGACUUACAGAAGAGUGAAGAGUUGAUUAAGAAAGAGAUGAUCACCAUGCUUCACUUUGAUCUUCUGCAUCACCCUUAUGGAGAGCUUCCUGGUAGCAAAAAACCAAAAGUCCCUGGAUUUGGAUCAAGUAGUGCAGAACACAUGUCUUACCUUGAAUACAGUCCUUAUGAGAAGUUUUCAAAGGAUGAUCUCAAGAAGGCUGAGGAACUCUUGGCUCAAGAAAUGGAAGUGGUGAAGCAAGGGAUGGGGCAUGGAGAGCUUUCCAGUGAAGCUUACAGCCAAGUGUGGGAGGAAUGUUACAGUCAGGUAUUAUUCCUCCCAGGACAGAAUCGUUACACACGUGCAAACUUAGCCAGCAAAAAAGAUAGAAUUGAGUCACUUGAGAAGAGAUUAGAGAUUAACAGAGGCCACAUGACUACAGAAGCUAAGAGGGCUGCCAAAAUGGAGAAAAAGCUAAAGAUCUUGCUUGGUGGUUAUCAGUCCCGAGCAAUGGGACUCAUAAAACAAUUAAAUGACUUGUGGGACCAAAUUGAGCAAGCUCACCUUGAAUUGCGCACAUUUGAGGAAUUAAAGAAACAUGAAGAUUCUGCUAUUCCAAGGAGACUGGAGUGUCUAAAAGAAGAUGUUCAGAGGCAACAGGAGAGAGAGAAAGAGCUUCAGCAGAGAUUUGCAGAAUUCAUGCUGGACAAGGAAACUUUUCAGUCAAAAUAUUAAGUUCCACAUCUUGCUUAAGCUAUUGCUGGUAAUAUUUUUUAAAAUGCUGUAGACAUGUUUUGCCACCCUGGUCUCAUAAAUAAAGCAUCCAUAUUUACUGUCAAGUGUUAUAAUAGAUUCAAAUAGAUUCAAUACACCUUGUGCUCAUGUUUUUUCUCUCUUUAGAAUGAGAUAUAGCCAGAAUGGAAUCCAUACACUAUAAUCCAGCAAGCAUAAUUUGUCCAGCACCUGGGAUUGGUUAUAUAGUGAUCACCGUUGAUUCAGGCCAUUUGUGUGCCUCUUAAAAUGGAUAUUGUGACAUUAAAAUAAACGUAUUUUAUUUGGUCACAUCA